GCGCACCCGUACAGUGCUUAGUUGCGCCGCACCGCGUCCAUGGAAGAAUGGCGACGGCAAUUUCCAUUGCGGGCGCACGGCUGUCGCUUGCUCAAUCAAUUUGGCCAGCAUUUUAAGUUGGCGGGCGUCAACUGGUAUGGAGCCUCCGACUCCUUCCAUGUCGUCGGUGGGCUUGAUGCCCGUCCUUUAUCGGAGCUGUGCCACGCCGUAGCCGCCAUGGGCUUCACCGUGGUGCGCCUGCCCUUUUCCUCGGAGAUGCUCAGGGUCGAGCGGGUGCCGCCAGGUGCCAUCGACUAUGUUCAGAACAAAGAUUUGGAAGGACUGUCACCUUUGCAGGUCUACGAUCGCGUGAUCGAAGAAUUGGGAGCUGCAGGGGUCACAGUCAUCAUCAACAACCACACCACCGUGGGCGCCUGGAGUGGCGGCGUGGAACUCAACGGCAUGUGGUUCCGUGACCAGUGCAAAGUGUACACGGAGCAGUCGUGGAUUGAUGAUUGGGUCAUGAUGGCGAAGCGCUAUGAAGAUCAUCCUGAAGUGAUUGGCUACGACAUCCGAAACGAGGUGCGGCCAACCAGCAUGAUGGGCCCCAGCCCGCGCUGGGGCAACAGUAGCCCGGUCUACGACUGGAGUCGCGCUGCUGGGAGUUGUGCCCGUGCCUUGAUGGAUGCGAAUGCUCCUGGUCUCGUGGUAGUUGAACGUAUCGCGUGGCCUCAAAAUAGCCUACGGGAGAUGUUGAAUCCAAAGCCUCCCUGGGAAGCAUGGCAAGUGCCACGAGAUCGGAUUGUGCUAGCCGUGCACAUGUAUGCUUGGAGUGGCCCGGGUGCCUGGAGUCCCAAGCAUUUCAUGCCAGGCGUUCUCCGAUCCUUUUUUGAUGUGGUGGACUAUGUGGGGGCGCGGUCUCUCUAUGGCGAGAUGAGUCAGGAGGCAUUGGAAGAGCAGAUGGACAAAGACUUCGGAUUUUGUAUCGAUGAGGACAUUUGUCCUGUUUGGCUGUCCGAACUGGGUUGCUCCCUUGACACGGAGCUGGAGUGGUUUACCAAAGUUUGCCAAUACUUGGACAAGAAAGAUGUUGACUUCGCCUACUGGCCGUUGAAUGUUGGCCCCAAACCAGGUGGAUCAGAUGACGAGGCCUAUGGCAUUUUGACCAAUGACUGGCAGCCCCGCUGGGCUGAUCCACGAUUGCAGGCCUUGCGUCGCUUAUGCCCUCAAGCAGUGUUGCCAUCACCAAAGAAGGCUCAAACCAGGCGACCUUUGCAAUUGCCUGCGCGCGCACGAGCUGACUCAGGCUCUUUGAGCCCUUUCCAUCUCAACGUCACACCCAAUGUGACACCAGUUGCUUCACCCAGUUGCUUCGGCCAAGUGGACGAGCCACUCUGGGGAGCCCCUUUUCCAUGGUGUCAACCCUUGCCAGGCCCUUUGGUGCCUUGGCCUUCUUCGACAUCUCUCAAGGAGAUGCCCGAAGCCCGAUAUAUUUGGAAGGUCUUGGAGGGCGUUGAUUCGGACCCGGGCAAGGACGCCUUGACAGUGCGCUGCGACGACCUUGAAGCGGUCAAGGAGCUCUGCAUCCGUCGCCACUUCGGUGGCUUCGUGCUGCAUGAGGGCUAUGCCUACUUUCGUUAUCCCAAGACCGUGCUCUACGUGGCCGAAGAGGUGCGGCUUUGUGGCAUGUGGCAACAAGUGGAGCCGCUGGAGUCGUUUGAUGCUCCGGCUGGUUCCUUCAAAGCUUCAGGAGAUGUCAUUUGCCUGCCGCUGAGUGAUGAACACCCUGAGGCUGCCUUGGAAGCGUGCCAGCGUGCCUGCUUGGAAGCGCAGAAGCCGGGCUUUGUGAUGCACGACUUUGCCAGUGCCUGCCUCAUGGAGCCCAACGAGGCAGAGGAUCUUCGCACGCGGCUGGAAAAUGGCCAGUGGAAACGGUGCAGUGAAGCUUCCGACGCUGGGAUUUAUUUGCUGGAGCCAAAGCCGUUCUAUGUAGGCGUCGACAUGUUUAAGGACAUGGAUGCAUUUCCAGGCCGCUUGCGGCAGCGAAGACACCCACGGUGCAAUGGUGAGCCUACGACGGCAUCUACAAGCACUGCUUCGAGAUGGGAAGGCGGUCACUCAGCUUGGGCAUGGAGUGCCGCUGACGGUGACGAGGAGCAGUGGGGUGCCGGGGGCGGUGAGUUAGGCUCAGCUAGCCUUGGAGGUGAAGGUCAGAAGGAUCCAUGGUGGGGUUCACAUGUUGCGGAUCCCUGGGUGCCCAAUGCAAGUAGUGAAAGUGGUAGCGGUGAUAGUCAGAAGAAAUCUAGUGCCAACUACGAUGGAUGGCUGGAUGAUGCACAGAUGAGAAAUUUCAAUGUAGCGCAGGUGGAGCAGACCACUGCGAUGUCACAUGGGAGAUGGUAUGGUGAAAAUCAUGGUAGCAAUGCAGCAAACUGGAAUGAAGGGUGGUGUAAUCAUGAUGGAGACAAAGGAAAACCUACUGAGAAGCUGGUGGUUCCCGAGUUUGAUGGGGAGGGCACUAGCGACCAAGACCUAGGCAAAUCUGCAAGGUCUUACAUCAGGAAAGUCCAGGUGUGGUUGCGUUGCACCAAGCUUCCAGCACAUCAGCGAGCUCUGGCCUUGUACAACUCUUUGGGUGGACGGGCUUGGGUGUACGCUGAGGAGCUGGAUGUGGAUCGUCUUGCCACUGACAGUGGCGUCUCCUACUUCAUGCAGUGGAUCCAGACGAGGUUCAUGGAGGUCGAGGUGUCCAAGGUUGCCCAGUUGAUGUCCGACCUCUUCAAGCGCGGAAAGCGGAAGCCAGAGCAGUCUGUGCGGGACUUCAACGUGGAGUUCGAGCGGCUGGUCUUGCGCCUGGCGGAGAUCCAAUGCAGUGUUCCGCCUAUGAUCAAGGCAUGGCUGUACCUGGACAAGUUGCGCCUUUCAGAGACGGAGGAGUUGGCCUUGCUGUCCAGUGUGAACAAUGACUACGACUGCAGAAAGCUCCAGCAUGCUGCGCUUGUCCAAGAUAGAACAAUCAGGCGCCCGAACCACUGGAGCCCUGAUGAUGGACGUGGAGGUGGAAAGCGCUGGGGCCGCCAAUCGGUCCACAUGACCAACAAUGAGGAGGGAGCUCUCUCCUCUGAAGAUGAUGGGCAAGGGGGCAACCUCUCUGAUGAUGGUGAGAUUGUGGAUGAGGACACCGCCAUGGAGCACUACUCAGCGUACAUGACGUACCAGGGGGCGAAGGCGAAGUACCGUGAGGUGCUGAAAGGCAGGGGGGUCGACAAGGAUGCCAUGGACAAGCGCAACCAGGCGGAAGGAGGCUUGCCUAUCAAGACGGAUGGCACCAUUUUGGAGCCUGACAACAAGAUGCUGCUGGCCAUCGUGGACACGGCCUGCACAAAGACUGCUGAGCACUUCAAGUUUGGUGCCUCCAAGGUUUACAAGUCUCUUUUCGCAGUGAAAGCAUGGUUUGCAAUUCAUGGCAAAGUGUUUGGCGCCAGGGUGUCAAUUGUUUCUUGCAAUGUACCUCUUUUGUUCAGCAGACCUGUGCUCGGCAGUUUGGGCAUGUGCUACGACGUUGCAAAGCAACAAGUUGGGCUCGCAGCUUUGGGCCUCAGUGAACUGCCGCUGCUGACUAGUCCGACCGGACAUCCUGCACUUUUGGUCUCUGAUUUUCUUAGUGAUCCAAAGCUGGCAGAACUGCCGGAUUUCUCACCCGAGAAGGGCGAGCUGACGGAAGAACUGGAGCGCCGGGGAGUGCCAGUCCAUGCCAACUGGUCAGUGCCGGAGCUGCGGUCCAUCUUGAUCGAGCAGCGGGAGUUGGAGAAGCCUGCAGCGCAGAUCAACCCAUUGAAAGGGCUGACCAAGAUGUCCCUGCCGGAGUUGGUGACAGAAGCCGAGCAGCUGCAGCUGACGAUGCCUGCCAAGCCCACCAGGGGCCUUUUGAUGCGGAUGAUUCGCGACUCCAAGAGCGCCCCAGGCCAGACGGUCGUGAGUUUUGGGAAGUUCAAAGGAGAGAUGGAGCGCCGGCAGAAGGCGUCCAGCAGUGGAAUUCCUGUGGCGAAAGACCCGGAGGCGAUGGCAGUGGUCCCGCCGCCAAAGAUGAAGGAGCUGGCUCGGCACUCGGAGUCGUCCGACGCUUCUUGGAGCAGGGUCGGAGGCUAUUCCCGAAAGGGGAACACCCGCAAGGGCCCACAGGUGAUCAGCGACAGCGACCUGGACGAGGAGGACGAAGACGCCAACCUCACGAUCAAGAAGUUGGAGGAUCGCAUUGCUGCCCUCAAGAAGCGCAGACAACCUGGGUCCAACUAUGACAUCAAGUAUGACGCCAUCAACUUGCACGCUCCGGAUGAGCGCAUGAUGACGGUGGAUGAUGCGACGAUCGGGCUCAGCAGUAAUGGGAGUAUGGCACAACACUAUGACACAAAGUAUAACACCAUCACCUUAGACACUCCGGAUGAGCGCAAGGUUUUGGUGAAUGAGGCGACGAUCGGGCUUGGCGUUGGUGGCUCUGAGAUCAUGUAUGACACACUCACCUUGGACACUCCGGCUGAGAACGAGGUGCUUGUGAAUGAGGCGACAAUCGGGCACGGCAGUGAUAGCUCGUCGGGGGAUGGCCUAUGUAGCGGGUCACCGAAGGCAAGGGCAAGAGCUGGCAUGCGUCGUCGAAAGAUGGCCAAUCGGAGCACUACGCAGAAGCUGCGGGACGAGGCCGUGAACUUGUGCCACGUCAUGAUCGCCUGCACCCUGAUGGUUGGAAGUUGGGCAAAGGCUGGCGCAGAUUGUUUGGAGAUCUUUGCGGGCGAGGCCAGGAUUUCUGGCGCUUAUGCCCGUCAUCGACGAGCAGUGCUACAACCAAGGGACGUGCGCUACAACCAUGACUUGCGCCGCCAACAAGAUCAAGAUGAAGUGGUGGAGGAAGUGAUUUCACAGCGACCAAAGCUGGUAUGGAUGGCACCACCAUGUACGUACUGGUGCAAAUUCUCCCAUUUGAACUACAACCGUCAGGAGCUGAAACGGCUCCGCAAGCGAGAAGCCGCACUGGUCAGGUUCACUGGUCGGAUUUUUGAACUACAACACAGUCUUGGGGGCAUUGCAGUCAUUGAGAACCCCAGGAGCAGUGACCUGUGGCGGCAUCCUGAGCUCCAACGUUUCUUGGGGCAAGUGGCAUGUUUUGCCGAUGUGGAUCUAUGCCAGUUUGGACUGAAGAGCCUUCAAGAUGGGCGGCCUCUUCGGAAACCACUUGCUUUGCUGACCAACGACCAGGCCUUCGCCGACGGCAUCACUCAAAAGUGUGUGGGAGGUGAACAUGAACACCGGCCAAUCCAGGGCCGUGACACAGCCUGGACAGCAGUUUACCCAACUGCUUUUGCCAACGCGGUUUUGCGUGAGGCAGAACGAGCAUGGAACAACCCCAAAGAGCUCCAUGUGCAGUUCCCCACGGACUUGGUGCAAGCUGAGGAUGCCAAUGAUGAGCAGGAGGUUGCGGCUGGCAGCCAUGACUGGGAGCAAGAUGCCAUUGGAGCCGCAGGGAUCUCCUUCAAGGGCAAGGUCAAUCCCCAGGUGGUUUCGGUUUUGAAACGGAUCCACCAGAAUCUUGGACACCCGCCGAAUCGUGACCUGGUCCGACAUUUGCGGCUGGGUGGAGCACCCGAGAAGCUCAUCAGAGCAGCAGAGCAGUUGGUUUGUCGCACAUGCGAAAGAAGCACGAGGCCUCAAUCUUCAAGGGUGGCUCACCCGUGUGUGGCGCUGGACUUCAAUGAAGCCAUUGCAGCGGAUGUCAUUUGGUUGGACACUGCCACCAGCCGGAAUCAUCCGGCACUCAACAUUGUCGACAUUGCCUCUACUUACCAAGUGGUGGUGCCAGUGAGUAGCACAAAAUCUGAGGAAUUGGCACGUGCCAUGUUGGAGGGGUGGAUCAACUGGGCUGACGCACCAAAACACUUGCUGGUGGAUCUUGACUCUGGCUUCAGGGACCAGUUCCUCAAGCUCAUGGACAGCCGCUCAAUCAUUGUGCGGUGUUCAAUUUGGAGCAAAUUGGUGGAUGAGCUCACCGUGGUGGAAGAAGAGUUUGCUGAAGCAGUAGCAUGCACCAGUGAUGCCAAGAACCAGCUGCGCAACAAGUCUGGAUAUUCACCUCGCCAGUGGGUCUUUGGAACCCAAAUGAAGAUGACUGGCGACCUUUUCGAUAGCCACCUUGGCCCUGAGGAGUUCGACAAUAUCACAGCCGAUGAGAAAGUCAGCCGCUCACAUGCCAUACGACUUGGUGCACGAGCUGCCUUCUUCAGCUGUCAGACCAAGGACGCUUUGCAACGCGCUGUUCAGCACAAAACCAGAGUUGAGAAGACCGAGUAUGCAGCAGGUGAGCUGGUCUACAUCUUCCGUGAACUACGUCAGCGGAAGGGCAAGAAAAGUGGCAGUGCGUGGAUCGGGCCCGGCACAAUCAUCGGGCGAGAAGGGCACAACUAUUGGGUGGCGAGAGGUGGACGUUGUCUUUUGGCCGCCCCAGAGCAUUUGAGGACAGCCCAUCAUGAGGAGAUUUCUGAGAUGAUCAGACUCAAGACCUCCAUUGCAGAGCUGCGCAAGGUGAUUGACCAAGCUGAUGAUGACCUCAUAGACCAAGAUUAUCAUGAGGAUGAGGUCCAACAAGGGCCAGAGCUCCCGGCCGAUAUGGAUUGGGAACAACAGCCGCCUGACUUGAAGGAACAAUCGGACAUGGAGGUGGAUCAGACAGGCGGCCAUUUUGGGAAAGCCUUGCGCAGAGAAAGAGAACUUGAGUCACAUGUUCGUCGUCGCGAAGCUUUAGACGACGUGCCUCUCACUUUGAAGAAGUCCCGAACAGACCAACAGGCCUUUAUGGUCAAACACGCCAUCUCAGAGAAGGGCAAGGAGAAACAACUUGAGAAGGAGUUGCCUUGGCAAAUGAUUCCUCCUCAUGAAAGAGACAUGUACCGCCAAGCAGAACAGAAACAAUGGGACGAACACGUCCAAUUUCAAGCAGUGAGGGCCCUCACCAUUGAGGAGAGCAAUGAGGUGAUCAGCAGAGUCAAGCCAGACCGUAUCUUGAACUCACGCUUCAUCUACAGGGACAAGAACUAUGCCAAGCGAAAAGCGGAUGCCAGUGUCCCAGCUAAACCAAAGGCUAGGCUCUGCAUCGCCGGCCAGAAUGACCCGGACUUGGGCAAAGUGGACAUGGUCACGGAUGCGCCUACUACGUCGAGGCACUCUAUCAUCCUGGCUUUGCAGCUGGCCCUUUGCUAUGGUUGGCGAGUCUCAGUCGGAGACAUCCGUGCAGCUUUCCUGAAUGGUAUCCCUGCACCACGAGAGCUGUACUUCAGGCAGCCGAAACGGGGCAUCCCCGGUCUUCAGCCCGGACAAAUUAUAGAAGUGUUGAAGGGUGUGUUCGGUUUGAGCACCAGCCCCAAGCUUUGGUGGAUGAAACUUUCUGUCGAUGUCAGGAAGAUGAAAAUCAGCUUCAACGGGGACACCUUCCACGUGAUUCAGAAUGUCAUCGACCCCUGCGUUUUUCAGUUCAUCAAGGACAGAGACUCAUCAGUCUGUGGCCUCCUCCUGACUCACGUGGAUGACUUGAUGCUGAUGGCCGCACCUGAUUUUGCAAGCCAUCUCCAGUCUGAACUCAAGAAGAUGUUUCCCAUUGAAGAUUGGGAGCAAGACCAUUUUGAGUAUGUGGGCUGCGAGUACAAGUGCACCGCAGAACAAGUGACGAUCACUCAGAAAAACUAUGUGAGUGGCAGGGUCGAGAAGGUGUCAGUUCCAGCUGGGGCCAACGAAACAGACCCAGCCACGCCAGAGCAGGUGGAAGAGAACCGCACCGUCAUAGGGUGCCUUUCCUGGCUAGCCAAACAGACCCGGCCAGACAUUCAGUUUUCAGUUUGCCAAGCACAACGGAAGCAGCGGAAUCCAGAUGUUCGAGCGCUGAAGGAGACCAACAAAGUGGUGGCAGACGCUCUCGGUUUUCCAGAAUUUGGUAUCACUUUGAGGAAGUUGCCCAAUGACCGAUUGUGCUUUCUGGCUUACCAUGAUGCUGCGUGGGCCAAUGCGACUCCGGACGACGCUGAACCCCAUGAUGAUGCUUGGUUGGGCGGACAUCAAGUGGCCUCUCAACUUGGCUCCCUCAUUCUGUUGGCAGAUACCAAAUGCCUAGGAGCUGAAGGAGGCACUUUCAGCAUGAUCGACUGGAAGAGCAAAGCAUCUCACCGUGUGUGCCGCUUUACUUUUGCGGGUGAGACAAUGGCCUGCAGUGAAGCGCUUGAGGGAGCGCUCUUUUUGAGGGGGCUCUACAUUUCCUUUGUGACUGGAGCCCGUGUUCCGGAUAGUCAAGGUGGGGCACACUUUGACUUGCAUCUUGUCACUGAUUGCCGAAGCCUGUACGACCACAUCCACAGAGAAGGAAUUCCCCGUGCACCGAGUGAAAAGAGGUUAGCCAUAGACCUAGCCGGUCUGAGGCAGGCGCUAAUGAAAGAGGCAGAGUAUCAAUGGCGCCGCGAGAACGGGGAACAUUUUCAUCCUACUCCUGAGAGAGGCCUGUCCGACCUCCUCUGCAUUGGUUGCCAACGCAUGAGCAGUUGGCUGAUCUUUUGA